CGCAUUAUUGAAGCGUGUUUCACGCCUCUGCAUUUCAUGCACGCUGUUCGCGGUUAUCUCGAUUAUCAAGUAAUCCUUCAAAAAACGCUUCUUCUUCGUUAACGUGAACGUUGGUUCGGUAGCCUGUGUCGUGAUAUUUUCUCCUCUGAUUUAUUUAUAAUUUACAUCUCAGCUUUCGCCAUCACACGGGCACCUCUAAUGCUGUGCGGAGCAAAGACAUCUGCACCGCGUAAACAAAGAUUGUUGUCAAGCUGACGUCAUCAUUCAGUAGGAGGAUUUUACAAGGGCUUUUGUGGAUCUCGUAAAAUACAGUCUACAGUCUGCUGAUAUAAUCCCAUACAUUUAUAGUGGAUUCAGACACUUGCCAUACCCACACAAAUUCCUAUAGAGCCAUGAGCUCACACAAGAGACCUAUUCGGCCUCGGACGGAUUCUGAUGCCAGUUCCUCCUCCUCUACCCGCGACUCAACCGGACCAGGUCAGGAGGAGGGCGCUAGUCUCCUGACCAAACUGAUGGAGUUGCCUGUGACCCGUAUGUCCCGACAGCAGCUGAAAAGGUUGGAGGAUCAUCAGUACAGAAGUGCAGGACGCUCCCUCCUGGAGCCCUUCAUGCAAGGAUACUGGUGCUGGCUGGUCAGCAAAGUGCCUCUAUGGAUGGCCCCAAACCUCAUCACCAUAGUGGGACUCGCUACCAAUAUUAUCACCACUCUGAUACUGGUGUAUUACUGCCCGACUGCCACCGAACAGGCACCGACGUGGGCAUACUUAGCCUGUGCUCUGGGUCUGUUCAUCUACCAAUCAUUGGAUGCAAUAGAUGGGAAGCAGGCAAGACGGACCAAUAGCAGCACACCUCUGGGCGAGCUCUUUGACCAUGGUUGUGACUCUCUCUCUACAGUGUUUGUGGUUCUUGGCACAUGUAUAGCAGUUCAGCUGGGUACCCACCCUGACUGUAUGUUCUUCUGUUGUUUUGUGGGCAUCUUCAUGUUUUAUUGUGCCCACUGGCAAACAUAUGUUUCUGGAACGCUGCGCUUUGGCAUAAUUGAUGUUACUGAGGUGCAAAUCUACAUUAUAAGCUUGUACUUACUGGCAGCCAUUGGAGGAACAGCUUUUUGGCAAUCUGUGAUCCCUGUGAUAAAUAUCCAGGUAAAAAUAAUACCCGCCCUUUGCACUCUUAUGGGUGCCAUAUUUUCCUGCACAAACUACUUCCGGGUUAUAUUCACCGGUGGAAUGGGUAAAAAUGGAUCCACUAUUGCAGGAACAAGCGUGUUAUCUCCGUCCUUCCAUAUAGGAGUGCUUAUUACACUUGCUCUAAUGAUCUAUAAGAAGUCUUCAGUGCAGCUCUUCGAGAAACAUCCCUGUCUGUACAUCUUAGCAUUCGGGUUCGUCUCAGCCAAACUCACCAACAGACUGGUGGUUGCUCAUAUGACAAAAAGUGAAAUGCAUCGUAAUGAUUUGGCCUUCCUGGGACCAGCGCUGCUUUUUCUGAAUCAGUACUUCAACAGUUUCAUUAAUGAAUACUGUCUUCUCUGGGUCGCUCUGGUGCUGUCAGGAUUUGAUCUGGUGCGGUACUGUGUGAGUGUAUGUAACCAGAUCGCCUCACACUUAAACAUCUGUGUCUUCAGUAUCCAUCCUCCAUCUCUUUCCACACUUCAGCCAGACAGCAGAAAUCACCACUAACAGCUCAUCACCUGUUCCUCAAACCCCUCCUCCAGUAGGUCACGUACUUGAGUGAAUGUAAAACGCAACUAACAGAGACAGCCCAGAUGGCUGCAGUAAUGAACUUCGCUAUUACGUGGGUUUUCGUAAUGAAAAGAGAAUUAUUUGAAGGACGAAAGGGAAUUAUUAAAAAGAACAUGCCCACAUGUGUUACUCUAUUCGGUUGUCAGUGUUACGUUUUGAAAGUUUGUUUGCAAAAGAAUAUCUGCCAUAGAAAAGAAUGUGCAAAGAUUUGCUAUAUUUCACAGUUGUAAUGUGUUUUUUUUUAUUUAGAUUGACCAGUUUUGGCAUUUGACAUAUGCACUCAUCCAUCUGAAAGUGUUAAGACAUCAUUACGGAACGCUAUAGGUGUUAAGAAUUUUGCAGCUUAAAUGAUACUCUGUGAGACUCUUAAAGGGAUACUUCACCCAAAAAAUUUAAAUGAUGUAAUAAUUUACUCACCCUCAUGUUGUUCCAAAUCCAAAUUGCUUUAUUUUGUCCAUGGAACAAUGCAGGGAGAGGUUAAGCAGAAUGUUAACCACAGUCACUUUUAACUUUCACUGUAUGGAAAGAAGAGCAGUGCCGACAUUCUUCAGUAUUUAUCUUGUAUUCAACGGAAGAAGGAAAGUCAUACAGGUAUGGAUUGAUAUGAGGGUGAGAGAUGAUUCUCACGAAAUAUGUCAAGAAAUUGCCUUGGUUCUAUUUUACUUUAAAAUCAAAACCAACAAGAAAUUAUAUUUUUCAUGAAAAACAAAAUUAAGGACCAUUAACAUUUUGAACCGAACUAUCCCUUUAAGUUGGCCAGUAUAAGUGACUGUUGCCCAUACAUAAGAGUUUUGUUGUCUUUUGACAAAGUGCAGUCAGUGAGGUAAGAGAGAAAAUCACAGGAUUUUUUGUUUUCAUGAGAAAAUCUCAUGACAUGAAAAACAGCCAGAGGAGUUUCCAUUACUAAAGUGCAAGAAAACAAAUACCUAUUCAUAAGGCUCUCAUCUAUUCUGUCAGUAAAAAUCUAUACAGUUCAAAUAUAUAAAUUAUUUUCUAUGCAUAUGCUUUUCUUCAUCUAAUGUUGUUUUGGAGAUAAUUAUUAUUUUUAUGAAUGCCCAUGCAUCUAAAUGAUAAAAACUAUAUUAGUAACAGGAUUUUGAUUGUGCCAUAAUUUUCCAUAUUAUAACUACAUAAUAUGAACCCUUUAUUAUGGGUAACAUGAACGUAAAAAAUCUGUUUGUGGUCUAAAUACCUUCCAUAACUGUGUGACUUUUGUGCCUUUUAUUUUUCACUGUCGGUUUAAUCCUCUAUGCACAGUAUAUUUUUAUCAUUUUUCACUCCAGACAAGUUCUCUCACGUAAUUUGUAUUUUGUUUGUGAAUUCUGUUCAUGUUACGUUAAUGUCAUUGAGUUCAAAAAGCGUUAUUAGUCAUAUACACCGAUCAGCCACAACAUUAAAACCACCUUCCUAAUAUUGUGUAGGUCCCUCUCGUGCCGCUAAAACAGCAUUCUGAGAUUUUAUCCUUCUCACCACAAUUGUACAGAGCGGUUUUCUGAGUUACCGUAGACUUUCAGUUCGAAACAGUCUGGCAAUUCUCUGACCUGUCUCGUCAACAAUGCUUUUCCAUCUGCAGAACUGCCGCUCACUGGAUGUUGUUAGUUUUUGGCACCAUUCUGAGUAAAUUCUAGAGACUGUUGUGUGUGAAAAUCCCAGGAGAUCAGCAGUUACAGAAAUACUCAAACCAGCCCGUCUGGCAUCAACAACCAUCCUUGCGAUUAUUUAAUCAGCCAGUCGUGUGGCAGCAGUGCAUAAAAUCAUCCAGUUACGGGUCAGGAGCUUCAGUUAAUGUUCUCAUCAACUGUCAGAAUGGGGAAAAAAUGUAAUCACAAUGAUUUGGACCAUGGCAAGUUUGUUGGUACCAGACAAUCUGGUUUGAGUAUUUCUGUAACUGCUGAUCUCCUGGGAUUUUCACACACAACAGUCUCUAGAGUUUACUCAGAAUGGUGCCAAAAACUAAAAACAUCCAGUGAGCGGCAGUUCUGUGGACUGAAAUGCCUUGUUGAUGAGAGAGGUCAACAGAGAAUGGCCAGAUUGGUUUAAACUGACAAUGUCUACGGUAACUCGGAUACUUGCUCUGUAGAAUUGUGGUCAGAAGAAUACCAUCUCAGAAUGCCAUUUUGAGAUACGGGUUUGCGCUGUUUGGCGGCAUGAAGGGAACCUACACAAUAUUAGGCAGGUGUUUUAAUGCUGUGGCUGAUUUUUUUUUUCCUUUCUUUCUAAAGGUUGAUAUAGCAAACAAAAGGACAUUAACUCUACAGGUCCACAUUGUGUGCUUCCAUGGAUAAAAUAUAAAAAGAAUUGCCAGAGUCAUGUAUAGUUCUCAAAAUUUACAUCGUUUUGCAUCUACCUCUGAGCAGUUAUAUAAUGAGACUUUUAUUGGAAAUGUUUUUAAUCCUGUUGUGAAUUUGCUAAUGUUAUUUAAGUGGGUUUUUCAUGUGUUUCUGUUACUCCUCGCUUUUAAAGCGCCAUCCGUUCACAGGGGCUGAUCUAAGGUCAACCAAUGCUGCAAUACACACCUAAAUAAAGAAACUGAUGUCUGCCACUGCAACUAAUUUAUAUACAUGUAUCAUUUGUACCUUUGCCAUCAUUUUGUUGUUCUGUUGAUUUACAGCAAAUUCCUUUGUAAUAGACUAAUGGACAUAAAAUAAAGAUUGUUAUAUUUAUGUUAACAGAUUUAUUGAUGAUGGUCUCAUUUUGUCUUAAUGUCAUUUUUUUUUUACUAUGAAAAAAGUUACGUGGUGCUACCAUGGUUUUGGACAUGUAGAAUAUGGUAAUCAUUCAGUAGCAUGCAAUCUGUCUAUGUAGUAACUGAUACCAUCACUGUCAGGUAACUAAUGGAUUAAUCUCUUGAAGAAAUG